AUGGCACCCCAAAAAAGUACGAAAUUAUUACAGUUUUGGAUCUUUAUGAAUCCUCUGCCUAUUGUGGAGGCUUUUGAUUCCCUUGAAGCAAUCAAUGACCUAUCUGUCUCUCAUUUGCCAGCAAAGAGAGAUUGUUUAAUGUUGUUUAUGGUUCACAUUUUUAUACAUCAUAUUUUCACUGAAUCUUCCUCUGCUUCUCUCAGGAGGAAGAAUAACACUUAGUUGCAGCUAUAAGAAGAAAUAUACAGCAGUAGGGUUUUCUUGAGUGACAAUGGAAGGGGGAGAAGAGUUUCAAGAAGAAGAUGUGUGGUCAGUUUUGAGAGAAAAGGAAACUCAAGGUCCUCAAAUGAGAAUUUCCAAAGGUAGCAAUCUCUUCUCAGCCGCUUCUUCUUCUUCUGCAAGGUACAUUCCUAAGGGUAAGGAGGUCUCGGGGGAAAAACAGUCAUCUGCUCCAAUGAAUGUUCCUGACUGGUCCAAGAUUUAUGGGAAUACGAAGAAGAGCACCAGAAGCAACCAUUUGCAUUCGUGGGCCACUCAUGAUGAAGAUGAUGAUGAAGACUCAAUGGUUCCUCCACACGAACUGCUGGCAAAAAGACUUGCAAGAACGCAGAUCUCAUCUUUCUCCAUGUGUGAAGGAAUUGGAAGAACACUCAAAGGAAGAGAUCUCAGCAAAACAAGAAAUGCUGUCUUAACCAAGACAGGCUUCUUGGAAUCGAACGUCACAUCCACAUCAUCGCCACCAUAGUUAUGUCCUGGUAUGGAGAGCAUGAUCAAUAUCUCGUAACUCUCUUUACCCCCACCAUACCAUCUCAUUAUCAUGAAUUUAAACCUAAACUUUAUGGUAUCCACAUGAUUUAUUUAAAAAUGCAAUGUUAUUGUCGUUAUCAUCAUGUAGGGAAUCAUGACUAUACCAAUAUGGUUGAGUUCUCUUUCUUGUUUUUUGUUGUUAGGUUUUUAGAUUUUUUAGAUAAGUAUGAUGACGAUGAGGAUGACUUGUCAAGCCCAUGCAUGGGACCCAUAUCAUUUUUUCUUAUGUUGUGAGUUUGUAUUAAUAAGCUUAAGAUUUUAAUUUUCGGAAAAUGGCAUAUCCUUUGGAACCUUUGAUAAUGAA